ACACACUCUUCAUCACCGAAUCACAAGACAAGCUUAUAGAGUCUAUCCAACUUCCUCCGCCAACAACAAUUAAUACAACACCAAGUAGACAUGGACAGUAAGGAACGACAAAACAUAGCAAACAACAAGGAGCGCAUUAGGAAACAUCAUCGCCAAAGAAUGUAUAGACAACGACGUGCAAGCGGCAAGUAUUAUUAUACACUACCCUGGUUCGCAUGUCUGUCAAGCAGCGAAGAGAGAGAGAGAACGUCCAUGGAGGAAAUAACUGAAAUCAGAAGGUGUUGAUACUUGGUAGUUUAACAACGGAAUCUUGAUUUUCGAAGGGAUUUGUCUUGGCAUGUCACACAUAGACUUGAUCUCCACUGCACUGAACGAUCAUAAAGACCCAGUUUGUUUGGAACAAAAACAGGAAUUGAAAACUUAUUUUGCGAGCUUUUGCAAACGUCUGUUUCCUUUGUCAAGCAGCGAGUUAAAUGAACGGUUUCUCGACUCUAGACCGCUGGAAACAUUUCACUAAGCUAUAAUGUGCCUAAUCAGUUAAAUUUGUUUUGUCAGGAAAUCCUUGUUACUGUAGAAUUAGUGACGAGUACUAAUUAUACGUACCAAGGUGAAUACUUUCCCACCGGUGAUAGAGACCGAGGUUCGAGAGGAGAAUAACGCAUUGUACGGAUAGCCAGUCGUCCUAGCUCACAGAACAGCUGAACAGUAUGGUUAUUUCUAUAUUUCAAUUAGAUUUAUUCUUUGUUGCAAAUGAUAGUACCCUCAUGAGACAGAGGAAUUCAGUCCCGCGGCUCAUUUACCUGUUUACACUUGCAGUGGAGGUUUUUGGUUGAGUGUUGGUCUGUUGGAAAGUAAUACAUGCACACGCAUGUUCUAUCGUCCAUUAAUACAUGGUUACCUCAUGCAUUCAAACAUGAAGUGUCAUUAUAUCGAAAAAGUAAGAUGUACAUUAAAUGCGGUCAGACACAGCACAAGUACACGGUCUCAUGAACCAAUAGAACUGCGAGAAUGAAUGAGGAAGUGGUUUCCAGGUUUGACAUACGUAAUCAAUAAUAAUACAAAACAUGCCAUGUUACAAACCACAUAUUGAACAUGUCGUAACUAAAUUGAAACAUCAAUAGAUUCAACGAGUUGUUUACUGACUACGUAAUCGACAGAAAGGGUUCGUUAAAAAUACACUUAUAAAAGUUAAGAAACGACUCGUAUUUUUGUCACUAUGUUCAGUUUAGCGCUAGAGACACUCGAAGUAAAGUUGUCGUUCGUGCCACAAGGAUAUGUAUAUUAUAAGUGACAUAAAGUCGAAUUGUUUUCUGGUUAAUAUUACUGCUAGCUAUGAGCCAGUGAGACAAUAAAAACAAAAUUCGAAAGUUUUGAACCUUUUGAUAGAUACGGACUCUGGCGGCUAACAAGUCGUAUCUCUAUUUGUAAAAGUAUCGAUUGUUGAAUGUCCUAUGUUUGUUUAAGACAAUCAAUAUCUAAACACCCGUGCAUAGUCUCGUAAAAAUGUCUGAGGUAAUAUUUAAGGGUGAUAUAUAUUGAUUUUUGUUUUCAUUGGAUGGUGCGCCUUCAACGCUUGCUGUCAAGGGCAUUGAUGUCCUGCCAUCGAUUCAUUUGAAAGUGAUGAAUACAGAAAAGGAUAAACUAAAACAGAAAAUGUGAAGGGAGUUUCUUAAUUUUUGAGUGAUGCUGAUGAUAGCUGACAAAGUAACAGGUGUAGGCGCUGAUAGAUAAUAAACUAUCUCAGAGACACAGACUGGGAGUUCAGUACAGCUCGGAAAGACAUCAUAAUAAUCCGGAAAUGGAGGUUUUAGCAGAACCGCAAGACAUCAAACUGAAUAGGUCAUCCACACAAGUGACAUUUAACACAGGUUUCAAGGAGAUCAACGGAGGAUCUUCGGAUGAGGACAGCAACGCAGAAAAAAGGAUUGAACCGAACCGAAACAAUCUUGAUAUGGAGGUUAUAGCGAAACCAGCUGACAUCAGAUUCAAUAGGUCAUCCACACAAGUGACAUUUAACACAGGCUUCAAGAAGAUCAACGGAGGAUCUUCGGAUGAGGACAGCAACGCAGAAAAAAGGAUUGAACCGAACCAAAAACGUCAUAGCAUUCCUGAUAUGGAGGUUAUAGCGGAACCAGCUGACAUCAGACUCAACAGGUCAUCAACACAAGUGGAAUUCAACACAGGCUUCGAAGACACUCAAGCAGAAACAUCAUAUGAAGAUAGUUUCACAGAGGAAUUGUUGGAACCAGACGAGGUGGAACCAUUAGAAAUACUGCCCGAUAACGACACAGAUGACUCAAAUUUGUCUUAUGGGGAUGAUUUCCACACAAGUUCAGACUCCGAUGUCACCGAUACAUCUGAGGAAUCUGGUCCUGAAAGGUAUCCAAUGAUUGAAGAGAACCUUGACAAUGGAAUAUUUGUCAGAUUUCCGGAAAAUCAUAAAUUCAAAGUUCCAUACAUAUGUCGGUAUCUGCAACUUCACACCAGAACCACACAGUUGGCGGAACUGAGAGAGGCACUUGCAGGAUCAAAAUUAAUAACAGAUAUGUUUGGAGUAUAUCUGAAGUCUACUAGCGAAGAAGAGGACAAUUUGGUCUCUUUACCAUUCGUAGACAAUUGUGCAGGUGAAAUACGCAUCUCCGUAGCUGUUAAAGCCAAACGUUCGCCACACUUUAAGUACUCUGCUCAUCUCAGAAGAAAUGGAGAUUGGGUGAAAGUGCCCGUACAAAUGAAGGGUGAUAUUGCAGAAUGCGAAGGAGGUGCCUUUGAUAUUCUUUUUUUGGCAUCUGAACCAAUCAUUGAAAGAUUCAUAUUAGGCCCAGAGGGAAAGGAAUUUAUCUCAGAACAAGACAACAAGAUCAAGCUAUCUUUUCCACGUAACUGUGUCAGGGAAACGGAAAUCUUACACGUUCAGAUAAUCCCCUCAAGCAAUGAUGGCCCGAUCUGCAUGGAUGAUCAACCCUGCAUUAUUGGUGCAACCAAAUCCAUACUUGUACAACAUAGAAAGGGAAUAUUCAAGAAGUCAAUUGAGAUGAAUCUUGAACUCUGUCUUUUUGACGACUCCACUGACCCGGAUUUGACAAAAUACAACUUUGUUGAUGUGCAUGCUGUCAACAAGCAGGAAGAAAACAUAACAAUGCGCAAGCUCCCAUUGCAGAGUUACACACAAAACGGAAACGAUUUUUCUCUGUGUAUAAAAGUCGACGACUUUGAAAG